AUGACUGCUUUAAAACAGUUCCUAGAUGAUCAAUUUAAGAUCAAAAACCUUGGUUUGGUCCAUUAUUUUUUGGGUCUUGAAGUUUUCUCCCAUUCUGAUGGUUAUGUUCUGCAUCAACACAAGUAUACUUCAGACUUUUUGGAGGAAUUCAAGUGUUCUCAUCUUUCUCCUAUUUCUACCCCUUUGGAUCCUUCUGUUAAGUUGACAGGUGACAUGGGUGACCUUCUUCCAUACCCUAGUCUUUACAGAAGACUAGUUGGCAAGAUGAACUUCUUGCAACAUACCCGGCCUGAUAUUGCUUAUUUUGUUCAGCAUUUGAGUCAAUUUCUACAGACUCCCAAGGUUCCUCAUAUACAUUAUGACUACAGCCUUGCAUGGUCCUCUUCAUCAUUCUAUCUUGGGCAAGCUAGGAGUGUUUUCACCCUCCAGCUUGAGGGGGGUGUCAACGGGAGCCCAACAUCAGGCCCAACAACAGCUGAUGCCCAGCAGCCCAAUUAA